AUCACUUGAACUUCUCAACAAUCAUGCCAAGAGUACCACCACAACAACAGCAGAAAAGUACAAACAUGGAGGAGAUAAAGAAGGGAGCGUGGUCUCCGGAGGAAGACCAAAAACUGAAAUCUUAUAUCAUGAGAUGUGGCAUUUGGAAUUGGAGCCAUAUGCCCAGAUUUGCUGGUCUUUCAAGAACAGGGAAAAGUUGUAGAUUAAGAUGGAUAAACUAUCUCCGCCCUGAUGUUAAGAGAGGACCUUUUAGCAUUGAAGAAAGAGAAACAAUCAUCAAAACCUAUCAGGAAGUUGGGAAUAGAUGGUCAGAAAUUGCUGCAAGAUUGCCAGGAAGAACUGAUAACGAAGUUAAGAACUACUUCCACACACACUUAAAGAAGCAUUUGGGAGUGAAAAAUGAUGCCCCAUCGAAGACUAAAGCAAGAAGCAAUAAAAGGGCAGUGAAGAAAACCAAAGGAAAUGAGAGGACAAAUGCCGACAAAGGAUCACCUGUUGUUUCUUCAUCAGACAGCAACAGUAUUAUUACAUUUGAAGUAAAUCAAAUGAUGGAUGUUACUAUGAACUCAUCUCAAACGUACCAAGAUUGGUACAACAUUGUCGACCAACAAAAUAUUGAGAUGGAAAUUAGGCCAGUUAUAUUGGAGAGCAACCCAGAUGAUGGUACUUAUAAUUCCAACGGCCAACAACUUCAUGAUCAGUUUGAGUGCUCUCAUGACAUUUCCGAAUAUUAUUCCAGCUUUGACUCAAUCGACCAGUUCAAUAUGAGUUCAUUCUGGUUUGGUGAACUUUGGGAUGUCGAAACAUCUGAUUUUUUGAGAGAUGUUAUAACUAAUUAGCACCUAUAUAUGUCUCACGUCUAGCACUAUUUGGCCUUUUUAGUAAACAAAGCCAACUAGAAAAUGGGGAUCAGACAACUUCUAUUUCCUGCUACUUGUUCAAUAAAUAUGAAGUAUAGUGGAUUAGUG